CAAAGGCACUGAACUGUCAAGAUGAAGCUCUCUGCUGGUCUGGCUCUGGCUGGUCUGUCCCUCGCGGCGGCCAUGCCAUUCAAGCGCUCCGGCCCUACCCCUGCCAAGGGCAAAUGGUUUGACCGCUUUGUGGUCAUUGUUCUCGAGAACACCAACAAGGACGUCACCUUUGGUGAUCCGUAUUUCCUCAACCUGACCAACAUGGGCAUGACCCUGGGUGGUUACCACGGCACCACUCACCCCUCCCAGCCCAACUACAUCACCAUGAUCUCCAACACCAUUGCUGGUGGAGUGUUUGAUGAUGCGGACCACAACACCACUCAGGAUAGCAUCAUCGAUCUCUUCGAGCCCGCCGGCAUCACCUGGAGGGCCUACAUGGAGGGAUACACGCCUCUGGAGGGAGGUGACUGCAACCCUCUGACCGAGAACGACACGACUCUCUACGUCCGCAAACACAACCCCUUCAUGUCGUUUGACAACAUCCGCAACAACAAGUCCCGUUGCCAGAACAUCGUCAACGCCGAGGAACACUUCGCCAAAGACGUGGCUCUGGGCGCCGAUGCCCCCAUGUACAUGUUCUACACGCCCAACCUGGACAACGACGCACACAACACCAACAUCUCCUUUGCGGCCAAGGAUGUGCAGUACCUCGUCGACACCAUGCUGCUCAACAAGGAGUUCAUGAAGAACACCAUGAUUCUGAUUACGUUUGACGAAAACAACAUCUAUAUUAAUGACAACUUCGGUCUGGACAACUCCAUCUACACGGUCAUCCUGGGCAACGACACCAUCAAGUGCUACGACUGCGUUGACCAGACCUACUACAACCAUUUCACCCAGGUGGUCACUCUGGAGAGGAACUGGAACCUGAGCACCAUCGCCCAGCCGGACGGCAGCGAGGAGGGCUGGGAUCAGUGGUGGCGCCCCUUUGGCCAGCUGCGCAGUGCCUCGGACGACGUGUGCGCCUAUGCCCCCUGCAGCGAGUACUACGAUGGCAAGAGCCCGGCUGCGUCUGAUGGCAACUGGGAGGACCAGGACUUUUAAUUAUCAUGAGUAUGAGCUGAUAUAACGUAAUUUAAUGCAAAAUAACUUAAUCCUGUCAGGACACAGUAUCUCAACUGCUAGCUAUAUUGUAAGCCGUCUAGCUGUGCCAGAUAUGAGCUAUCGAUGAUUGAUAAUAUAAGAGAAUGGAUAAUCGAUAAGAAGAAAAGGGAUUACAG